CCCGUCCUUGGGAACACCUCACAGACCCUUGGCAACACAUGUAGCCGGGUUACCAUGGCGCUGCAGUGGGGCAGUUUUGCAAAUGCCGGUAUCAAGGAGCUCGUCGCGGGUGCGGAUCCGACAUUAAAUAUUAAGGAAGGAACAUUAGGCGAUCGAUAUGAGCUCCAAAGGGAGAUUGGCUCGGGUUCUUACGGCCAAGCAGUUCUGGCGACGCGCCUGGAGGACGGAAUGCAGGUCGUUUGCAAGCAAAUUCGUUUGUUUGAAAUGGACGACAAAGCACGCGCGGACACGCUCACGGAGGCCAAGGUGCUGGCGCAGUUCAAUCACGUCAACAUUGUGCAUUACUAUGAGUGUGUACUGGAGAGCGGCGUGUUGAACAUUGUCAUGGAGUAUGCCAACGGCGGCGACCUGGCGGCGGCUAUUCAGCGGCGGCAGGCGGAGAAGAAGCCGUACAGCGAGGAUGAGAUCAUGUUCUGGUUCGUACAGAUUGUGUUGGCGCUGUACCACGUGCACGGCCGCAACGUGCUGCACCGCGACCUCAAGUCGCAGAACAUCUUCAUCGCGGAGGGCAACCUGCUCAAGCUGGGGGACUUCGGCAUUGCGCGGGUGCUCAACAGCGACACCGAGCUGGCGAGGACCGUGAUCGGGUCGCCGUACUACCUGUCUCCAGAGAUCUGUGAGGACCGGCCGUACAACCGCAAGAGCGACGUCUGGUCGCUAGGGUGUGUGUUGUACGAGCUGGCGACGCUGCGCCGGGCCUUCGACGGCCAGAGCCUGCCCGCGCUGGUGGUCAAGAUCUUGAGAGGCAAGUACCCGCCGGUGCCGACCCGGUACUCCACCCCCCUGCGCGGCCUAAUCGAGUCCAUGCUCAAGCAGAACCCCAAGGACCGGCCGAGCGCGGACGCCAUUCUGAAGAGCGACUUUGUGCGUCAGCACGUUGAGCGGUACGCCGCCCACGUUAUGGCACUGGGUGUGGGUGCCGGCGGCGAGGCGCUGGGCGAGGGCGAGGACGGCGCGGCGGCGGCCGCAGCGGCUCUGGGUCUGGCGGAGCUGGUGGCAGCCAAUGUCAGGCCCAAGCCAUCACCGCCCAGUCGGGCAACGCGGCCCGGUGCUGCGCGGCCGCCUCGCGCGCCCUCCACAGCUGGCGCCCUCACGCCCGCCAGCUCGGGGGCGCCUGUGUCGCCUGCUCCGGGCGGCUCAGGCGGUGACAUGGAGCGUGGGAGCUCGCGGGAGGUCAGCGAGGCCGAGACCGGCGUGUCCACACCCGCGGACGGCAGCUCGCCCAACAAGCCGCCGGCGGCGCCUGCCGGCGGCCGGCGCGCGGCUGGUCAGAAGCUGGUUGAGAGCGGCUGGGUGCGGCAGCAGCAGGACAAGCUGGCGGAGCUGGCAGGAGCGCUAGCGGCGCAAAAGGCCGGUGGGGUUGGCGCCGAGGCGGCUGCCGGUGCCAUGGACGCCACGCUACCUUCUGCGGCCGUGGGCGGAGGCGGCGUCAGUCAGAACACAGCUGCCAAGGCCAAGCUAGCUGAGCUGAAGCUGCAGCGGGACGCGGAGCUGGAGGCGCAGCGCAAGGCCAACGCCGCGGCGCGCGAGCAGAAGGCGGCGGCGGCGGCGCGCCGCAACCACGAGGCAGCGGUGGCGGUGCGCGGCCGGGCCGCGGCGAGGCAGAAAGACAUCGAGCGGAACCUUGCGGAGCAGAAGGCCGAGAUGGCGGCCAAGGCGCGCAAGGCUGCGGCGCUGGCUGUGGCAAUUAAGCAGCGCGAGGAGGCCCGCAAGCGCGAGCUGGACGAGGCUGCCCAGCACAUGUCGGCGCACAAGGAGCAGGUGAAGGCGGCGCGGGCGCGCAUCAACAAGGAGCAGCUCAGCGAGCUGGGGGCGCAGUUCGCUGCGCGGCUGGCGUCAGGAGGCGGCGCAAGCGGUGCCGGCGAGACAAGCUCCGGUCAGGUGCUCGUGGUGGACUUCACAGCGGACCAGCCGUCCUCCUCCACGCCCGUGUCCAAGGCCUCGCCGGCACACCUGCGCCACCGCUCGCCCGCGCACGGCGCGCCGGUGGCAGGGCGGCAGUCGCCCACCCCUGCCGCCAAGGCGCCGCGUGCUCGUGCUGCGGCGGCGGCCGGCAGUGACAGCGAAGGCGCAGGGCCGUCGGGCCGCGGCGCGCAAAAGCCAGCUGCGGAUCCGCCUUGGAAGCUGCGGCACAAGCCCAAGGGUGAGUUCCCGGAAGUUCAGAUCUUCACACCGUUCGGGUCGGGCGCGGUUGGCAGCGCUGCCGACACGGCGGCGGCAGAAUCGGACGCGGGUGCCGGCAACACGGAAGAGGAUGACGAGGCUGGGCAGCAGGCGGCGGGCGUGCUGGAGGUGUUGGCGCAGAUCCACACGGUUCUCGAGGGAGAUGACGACGAGGGCGGCGGCGGGCACGCCUCUGCUCGGCCCUCCAGCGCGGCGACAGCGGACGAGGAUGAGGGCGGCACGGGGCGACCCGGCGGCGCCGCGCAGGCGGCAGCCAACGCGCUUAAGGUGGAGCAGCUGCGUAUUGACCUGGAGGGGCAGCUGGGCGGCGCCGCCUUCCUCGCCGCCUACCGCUGCCUGCGGGACAUGCAGGCGGCGGAGGAGGCGGACGGCGAGGGCGCCGCCGGCAGCAGCACUGGCGGCGGCAGCGGGGGCGGUGCUGCUGCUGGUGGUGUUGGUGUUGGUGGCGGCGGCACGCAGCGCGAGCUGGAGCGCAUCCUGGGACCCAAGCUGCAUCUGGUGCGGCAGGUGCACAAGCUCAUCACGCUGGAGGAUGCGGUGUUUGCAUGAGAGUGGUGGGGGGCAGGGGUGGCGUGGUAAAGGCUGGCAGUGAGAGGCCGGGGGAUGUUCCCUGGCAGUAUUAGAGCAGGGACUGGGGGUAGGCUGGCGACGCAGGAUGUAUGCUGUGCCCAUGGUGUUUUGAAUUCCAGGGUUAGCCAGGGUUUUGUUUGUGGCAUUAGGUAGGCGGCGGUCAUAGAUGACUUGUAGAUGACUUGUGUCGGGUUUAUGGCGGACGCCUCCGCGGCGGAGCUGCUUCCAGGCGGUUCAGGGGCGCGCAGUCAACUCUACGACAGGCAUCCCAGUCGGCACCACCUGGCGAAGGAGGUUGCAGCUGUAAACGAUAUGCACG